UGGUAUAUAGCAAAAGUAGCUUCAAAGCGCUUUACAACGCAAAAUUUUCAUUUUACUGUUUAUGUUAUUGUUUACAUAACGAACAACUUACCGAAAAUUUUAAAUUCGAACUUUUACUCGAAUUCCUUUGUAUUUGUAAGUGAUACCGCUAUGGAAGUCAAUAAUCAACAUAACCAAAGUUACUGGUUCGUUGUAAGAGAAGAUCAAAGCAACGUUAUAUUCAGUAGUAAUAAUUUUACUAUUCAUAAUCCCCAAAUUUCAGGUCAAGAAGCUAGAUAUGUUGUAGACACGGUUGAUAACAGACAGUACAUUCAUGUAGAGAAUGUUCAAUCUGCAGAAGAAACUCAGAAAAUCUUUACUAAAGAAAGUGUUUUACCUAAUAAUGGAGAAAAUUUUUGGGACAGAAACAAAAUCAAGCUUUUACUCACACUCUGUUUAGAAAACAAAUUUAAAUGUCCAAAUAAUGAUAAAAUGGUUUGGAAUGAAAUAGCAAUCCUCGUCGGAACUACACCUGAGGAGUGUGAUAAGAAAUAUAAGAACCUUCGCAAAACAUUUAUAAGCUUGCUUAAAAAGAAGAGGUUGGGAAAGGAAAUAAAAUGGAUACAUUACAAUAUUUGUGAAGAGGUCUUUAAAGACUGUAAAUCACUAUCCCCAGCUGUUUUGGAACCCUGGGAAGACUCUAAAGUGAGGAAGCUUCUUACUCUUUAUAUUGAAAAUAUUAAUAGGUUCAGAAGUUCAGAAUAUUUACAAAAAGAUGUCUGGAAGGAUAUUGCCUCUCAGCUAAAAACUACAGAGUAUAAUUGUUACCAUAAGUUUAAGAAUUUAAAAAGAACUUAUUUCAAUUGGGUGGAGAGAAGUCGUGAAUCUGGAAAAUUAAUCAAAUGGCCUUAUCACGAUUACUUUGAUAGGAUAUUUUAUAACUACAGCCCAGAUAUUGGCCCAUGGGAUAGGAAUAAAAUCAGACAACUUAUUCAUGCUUACUCUGAAAUGGCACACAAGUUUAAGAGUCCCAAGUACCAGAAAAAGGAAUUGUGGAAAGAAAUUGCCAGAAAAAUUGGCGAAACCUCAAGCAACUGUGAUAGAAAAUUCAGAAAUUUAAAACAAACAUAUAUAAGAUUAAAAAUGAGAGCAGACUCUGGUAGGUCUAUGACAAAAUGGAGAUAUUACAAAGAUUUUGCCUCAAUUUUCGAAACAGAUUCUUCUUAUACAAUUAGUGAUGACAGACAAGUAGUGUAUAAACCCCACGAGCAGGACUAUGUGAAGCAACUUCUCACUUUUUAUAUUGACAAUAAACAGAAAUUUAAAGACCCACUGAUAAAGAAGAGAUCACUGUGGAAACAAAUUGGCCCCCAGUUAGGUCUGUCUGCAGAGGAAUGCGACAAAAAAUUUAGAAAUUUAAAACAGACUUUUAUUAGACUAGCCGAAAAGAAGAAAGACACAGGGAAAGAUAAUGGGUGGCCGUAUUACCCAUAUUUUGAACAGAUUUAUGACGAGCCAAAGAUGCCUAAAAAAGAAUGUGGUCACAAAUGCAACAUAGACAUGACAAUAUCAGACAUAAGGAAUUUGGUUCGUAACCAAGACAACAGUGAAAAAGAAAAGUUCGAGAAGCUUAUGAAAGCCAUAGAGGACUCAAACAGUAUACAGAGGGAGAGAAACAGAAUAUUACAAGCCUUACUUAAUAGAAAAUGACAAGACCCAUUUUAUCCACCUUUUAUUGAAGCCAAGACGGAGCUAACGGUUCUAUUGUCAUAUUGUUGUAUUGAACUUACUAGCAUACAUGAAACUUAUUCAUGCCAAAGUGAUAAUAAACUAGGAGUUAAUAUAGUUAUAUUUAUAACACAUUGCUUUUAAAGUUAUUAAUUAGUUCUUAAAUAAUUAUUAAAACCAUGACUACCAUGAUUUAUAAUACAUAUUAAGAAUUUAUUUAUAACAAAAAAAAGAAAUACAAACAGAUUAUAAGGAUUUUGGAAGGAAUGAAAAAUCAAAGAGAAUGUUUA